CAGUUUUCCUAGCAAGGCCCCCCCCGACAAGUAGAAUUUCUUUCCCCCAAGCUAGUGCUCUGUCGAGUUCCCGCUUAUAUUUUUCCCUAUUCCCCAAACAUGGAUGCAGCAGUUCUGAAAUUCGAAUUUCAGGCAGUCCCCCCUUAGCAUUUUUAAGUAGCCUCGACAAGAAUUUUAGAAAACGGCAAGCUCCGACUUAGUAGAAAACACCCCGCGGCCCUUUGGGUUUGGGCAAGCAAAAAUGAUGCAGAAGAAGAACCCAAGGAAUAAACCAGUAAUAACAUCUAGUAGGGAAGCCCCCGAUCAUGAAAUGGACAUGAUCGACGACGACCAGCAAAAAUUUCGCUGCGCCAAGUUCCACGCCUGGCUCCUCGAAAAUGGCACGGACCCAGCAAUGCUGGCCCAGACUCAGCCCCACGACUUCCCGGACACCGGUCGAGGUUUGCGAGCGAACCGAGCUUUUCGUCCGAACGAGGUGAUGGUGCGGAUCCCGGAAAAAGUGCUCUUGCGGACCGACGACUUUGACCACCCGGUAGUGCGGUUUUUCUACGGGAAGCUGAUGGCGGCGGAGGGAGCAGAUCAUCUUCAGGCGAAUAAAGACAAAAAAUUAUCAGCGUCUCCUGGGUCCUCGUCCGCCGCUUCGACAACAAGUUCAGUGCGUCAUGACGGGCAAUUGUCGUGGCAAAUGCGGUUGCAGAAGAGCUGCAGUUCUUCGUGUGGUUUGUCCGGAACAUCGUCUUCCAGUUCUAGCUCCAGUGGAAGAAGCAAACACGGAGCUGCUGACGUCAUGAACUGCACCGCGGAAGAUGUGUUGCUGGUCUGUAUGCUGUUGUACGAGACACGAGUUGAUCAGUGGAGCUCUGAUGGAAGAGGUUCCAGUACUACUGCUUCUCAUGGAGUCGUAGAUGAAAGAGAAGUAAAGCAUUCUUCCUUUUACCAGCCCUUCCUAAACAUUUUGCCAAAAUCCUAUCCGGGCAUUCCAGCGUGGACAUUGUUUUCUACCUCGUCUUGUGAGGACGCAGCAUAUGCAUUGCAAAAAUGUCGCGGUCUGGAAACUUGUGAUGCUAAAAUGUGGAUGACGGAAACAGUUCCGAAUGCAAAACAGCAUGACAACUUGUCAGAACACUUUCUCAUACGCAAUCCGCAUGAGAAACUGCACUUUUGCAUGUACAAAAGAGGCUGCGACUUUUGUUGGCUAUGCAAUACAGAUUCCCUAGGUAUGUUGGAGAGCUAGCAUUACAAGUUCGAACCUUCCAGACCCAGACAUAUUUGUAGUGGAUUCAGCAGCAGGCGGGUUGUUCAUCCAGUCGUCGAGCAGCCACCUGGAGGUAGAAGUAGAGUCGAGCCCCCGCGAGAGUAGAAGUUGCCAUAGCGAGGUGGAACAAGAUGAUCAGAAGACGAGAACGUCCGCCAAGACUUCUGCUACUUCGCCGUUAUCUCGAGCUUUAUCUUCGCAAUCACCUGAAAGUGAAAUAACAUCAUCGUCAAAGCGGGAGAAUACAAGUACACGACAGCACAUCCUCCCUCUGUGCGAAAAGCGGCAACAGAAGCUGCAGCGCGAAUUCCAAACGGUUUUCACUGUAUUUGAGAUCGUCGAAGAAAUUCUCCGGGAUUUUUUCGAACAACAUGGUGAACAAGGGGAUCAACAUUUAAUACACGUCACAAAAGCUCCGCGACAUCAAGCGGACGACUUCAAUGCAGCAGCCGCAGCCGCGGCCUCGCCAGAUGUUGCACAUAAGAUGAACAAAGCAUCUUCCAAAACCUCACCUCGCUUAAACACCAACCGGUUCCUGUGGGCUUAUGGCACGGUAUGGACGCGCUCGUGUUUUCUUCGCGAAGAAACAGGUACAGCAGCAGCUUCAAAAAGCACUACAAAGAGCAGGAACCACACAACUUCAUCUAAUAUUCUUGGCCAACAUUCUUCGUCCAGAAAGCACCUCUGUCUCGUCCCCUACGGGGACUUCUUGAAUAGCGACCUGAGAUUCGCGGAAUUGCAGGCGGAUGACGACGAAGAUCUUGUUUCUCCAGAGCAGGGACCGCUGCAACAGGACAGGGAAAAUCAAAAUGCCGACGUUGCUAUGGGCGAUGCAAUAACCGCAGACGAAGGUGGAACAACACCAGCAGGAGCUACUGUCGGUGCUUUGUGCGGCUACGAGAAGGGAAGCCGUUCCUACACGUUUCGCGCCGCGAGAUGGAUCAAACGAAACGACCAGUGUUUCAUCUGUUACAGCACGAAAAUGGACAACUUCGAUUUCCUCUGCACCUACGGAUUCACCUGUCUACGCAAGGCGUUUUUCGACGUAGAAAAGUACCGGAAAUUUGUCUUGCAGUUUGUGCUACAGGAUCAGGCUCAGGAUGAGGAACCACGAGAUGCUGAAGUUUGUCCUCAUGCGGGCCGCACUAGAGUCAACAUGAUCCUCUCGGUGUUGCAGUUGCACGGGUUGCUGUGCCAGGAGAACUGGUUUGUGGACUUGACACCAUCGUCUUCAAGAAAAACGCAGAAAAAUAACGCGGUAACAGACGGAGAAGUAGUAGUGGAAGAUACAACAAACCGGUUGGAAAGGUACUAUCACGAGAAAAAAGUGUUACAGUUACACAUUUGUUGGAGUUUCUGCAUCACAAAUUUUCUCUGUGUGGCAGAGAAAACUUGUAAUGCGAAGAUCAUAAGGGAAAACAGCAAGGAAACGAGGCGCCGAAGCAUUUCCUGCAUGAGAAAGGUUGUCUCUGUUGCCAGUCUUGCAUGACAAUAUGUAACUGUAACACUUUUUUCUUGCGAUAGGUACCGCUCGGUGUUUAGUCCGGCAUUGUUCACUUUGUUCUUCUUGAAUGCGCAGUACUACCAGCUGUGUCACCAAAUAAACGGAGAUGAACAAGAUCAUGUUGAAGGAGGUGGAACGUCUGUGUUGCCAACAUUGCAGCACUCGCCAGAUAGUGCAACAUUAUCUUCGUCGACGUCGAAGGCAACAACAUCCAAGAAGCGCAAAAACUACGCUACAACCAACGGGACGCAGCAGCUCCUGCACGGAAAAAAGAGGCAGGAAAAUAGAAGUUGCUCUCAUGCGAAAAUGGAUACUAGAUAUGGCACAACAAGAAGGGCUCCAAGUUUUCCUUGCGGGGGUGGAGCUGCGCAGGUUCAGGAUCUCGAUCUCGAAUCACAAUUGGAAAUAGCCUACGAGUUGGCAGCGGGAUCAACAUCUCGUUUCAUCUCUAGAAGUACAGGAUAUCAAGUGUAAAAAUGUCCGGGUUUGGAAGAAUGCAACUUGUGAUGCUGAAUUUGGAUUCCAAAAAAAUCUGUAUUGCAUGAGCAGCAAAGGGAACGCAUUUUUUGCUACGCGGAGAGGGCAUUUGUCAUGCCGAAUAGGCAUCGCGAAGCCCUCGAAAAAUCGGUGAUGCUAGGGCAUGCAUCACAGACAUCAGGGCUCAUGCAACACGUGCAUGACAAGUCUCAGAAUCUUCCAGACCCAGACAUUUUUACAGUUGAUACAGGAGCCGGAGCUACUACUUCCUCUUCUACUACCCUGCUAGAGCAGGACUUCAACGUGGUCCCCACUUCAACCCCGAGCUCCUGUCUGGAAAAAAUGGUGGAACACCAGGCGAAGAAAUUGAUACAAAAAUUGCUCCGAGACGAGUACGACUACGAGGAGGGUCAAGUUCUGGUACGAGAAAUUGAGAAGGAACAAAGUAGCCGUGGACUAUUUUUUUUGUCCUCAAAUAAUAUCAAAUGUAAAGCCAGCAUGCGUACUUUCACUUCUUACCAGCAAGAACGACAAGAACUCUUGAGCCGUUUUUACGGUCAAUCCACAAGCUGCCAGGAUUUGCUGAAACAGGAAAGGGAAGCGCUGGAAGAAAUGAUAAAAUAGAGAUUAAUGUGGAUCAUGACAUCUUGGAGCAGUCUAUAAGGUAAGAAGAAGGCUCAAGGUGCAAUAAUGUUGCGUAUCAUUUUCUUUACUUAUAUGUGGCUGAAACAAUUGCGCCACCCUCAUCGUGAGGAAUUUUUUCUUUUUGGGGGUCACAAAAUGAUUGGGGUGUAAUGGCAGAAUGAGUGUUUUCGCAUCGUCCCCCCUCACAUCACCACCUCGCGGGUAAAAGGGAAGCGCGCCGUCUUUGUCUUUUCCGCUGCAAACUCCUACGCGACGACGGAGCGACGAACGAUGUGAGGAGCUUCAAAUAGACUGAUUACCGAGGGCGCCCCGGCGUAGUAGACUCCGGAUCCACCGGGCGCUUCAUUGUCAGGUCCGCGAGCAUGCUGUUAGUCGUUAUCUCUCUUUGCUUUCUUCUCGUGCAGCACCAGCGGGUCAUGGGCGGUCGCAGAGACCCGACCAGGAUCCGCAGACCCCACCGAGCCUGCAAUCAACCGGUAGCACCAGGCGACUGGGUCUUUGUACUGACGCAGAACUGUCAACGGGCAAACUUUCGGUACUUGGAGGGUGUUGACCAGUCGGCACCCCUCCAGCAGGUGCAACAGGCGGAGAAAGUCCGCGGUGUGUUCCAACACAUCGCGGCUAACAAGGCGAAGGUCGCGCUCCUUUCCGACGUUCAGUGGAGCGGCGCACGUGGUGCACACAUCAAGCGGUACGAGUUCACCCACGGCCAGCACUACGUUUAUGGAGGAGGUAGAGUGGCCAUCGUCUUGCACAAGUCCAUUCUGUUCGCAGCGGAUGGAAAAUCUCUCAUCAGACCGGUCGUCAAAUUCUUCGGCCCCCGCAUUAUGGCGCUCUUCAUACGCGGGACGUGGUUUGCGGUGGGAUACCAGCCAAGCGACACGGUUGCGGACUUCGCAGAACUGGACCAGUUCUUGCUUUGGCGCGAAAAACUUUUGUUUGCGACAGGUACCAGCAGCAUCAUCUUCGGCGGAGACUUCAACUCAGCAAUUUCCCAGUUGCCCCGAGGUCCAGAGGAUGAAGAGGCAGGCGCUGCAGCGGCGAUCGGCUCGGCCCUGCUGUUGGAACCACCCGCGAACCCCCGUCCGGGACAUAACAACAUGCGUUUUGCAAUCGAUAACAUGUUGUGUAUUCCGGACACCUUUAAGUCCAUCCACAGAAGAGGCACGUGGAGGCAUCCCGCGACCGGGCGAUGGUACGAGAUUGACUAUUUCUACACAUCGCGACAGGUUCAUUUUGGAAACGUGAAGACCAUCCAGCCCAAAUUUCUCACCGACCACCGCGGCAAGCGCAUGGCUGUCAAGCUAGGGCUUUCGCAGAAGGACAAGCGCGAAAUCCGACGCCGAGUAAUGACAAUUACGCCGUCCCCACCGUAUGAAGCGCUUCGGCGCGACGAGACAGCGCAGACGGCUUUUGCAGCGGAGACGGAUGCCAACCUUCGGAAGGAGCAGCAGAACGGAGGCAGCAGCCUUGCCAGCAGGUGGGAAAAGUUCACGACAGUAGUAGCGAACAGCGCGACGGCGGUCGUUCCGGCAAAUCAGGAGAGGGGGGCGCAGCAGUAUCCCCCGUGGCUGAAUGUACGGAAAUUCCGCGAAUACAAGAACGAAAAAGAGGACCUACUGUACUCCCGAUUUCUAGCAGCGGACGCGAACGAGCGGCAGCAGUACAACAGGAGACUGCGGGCGAUCGAGAAAGACUACCGAGCUGAUGAGAAGUUGGACUUUGAGGACUACAUCGACCGAAUUGCAGACGAGUGCCAGGCGGAGUAUGGACAGUGCGGUAGAAUUGACUACGCAAGACUACGGCGCACAGGUGUAAUCUUCGAACCAACGGCGGGAGCAAGGGUGAGAAAGGCGAUCCCGUUCACCGUAGAAGACGCGAAGAAGCACUUCAGCAAGCUGAUGUUGCGAACGGCAGAGGUCCCGCAAGGAUUUCAGGAGGCCCUGGAGAGAAACCUGGACCAACUCCCGGAAUCUGUGGACCCGAUGUGGGGCAUACCCGACGAAGGCGAGAUCGCUCACUGUGUCAAACAGAUGAAAGACUGCGCGUUGGGAGUGGACCAGAUUCACAUUGCCCACAUCAAGCACCUCGGCGACGACUCAUGGGAUUUCUUAGUGAACUUGGUGCAGGAUUGUUUCAGAACGAGAACGAUUCCGGACGCGGCGCACUUGGUGCGCAUGAAUGCCCUCCACAAGGGGAAGAACCUUAAUCCGCGGCUGCUAGACAACUACCGCGCCAUUGCGGUGGCGACCUUUCUCUCGAAAUUGUGCGAGACCAUUUUGCAGAAGAGGCUCAAGCACUACCUCGAGCGGAUCGGUUUCUACCGGGAGACAGCGACGCAGCGAGGAUUUCGGUCAGAUUGUUCGACGGCGGACUUGGUGAUGAUGUUGCAGUUCAUAGCGGACCAGACGCGAACAGUAGUGCGGGAGUCGAUACUGGAUGAGCUAGUUCUAGUGUUGAUCGACUUCAAGAAGGCAUUUCCAAGCGUGAUUCGGGAGCUUGUAUACCGUAUCCUGCGGCGUGCGGGCGUUCCUGGCACAAACGUGGAAUUCCUGGCGCACUUACACGACAAGGCAACGUUUUACAUCAUGGUGGACCGCGAGCCAUCUGAAGAGUGGAAAGCAACGCGCGGGAUGAAAGAAGGAGGACCAUCCAGCCCCGACGGUUACGGAAUUCUGAGCGAGAUCAUGUAUCGGGAACUGGCGCGCAGGCUAAACGGCAUCAAGUUGGCAACGACGGGCGAUUUUUUGUCGAAGCUUGCGGCCUUUACGGAUGAGCAGAACAUCAACCCCGCAGCGGUGCGCAAGGUGGUCGCCUUGCUUUUUGCAGAUGAUGCAACGCUCCCGACGACACUGCGGGAGGCGCCAAUGGUUGAAAGCACGAUCAAGGACGUAGCGACUACUUUCGGCCAAGAGGUGCACCCGGACAAGACGGAGCGGCUUCUACUGCAGGGACCACACUUCCACUACCCCGGCCCAAGACAGAAGGAUGGGACCCCACCAAUACCACCCGGAUUCGAGGAAAAAGUAAAAGUUGUAGGAUGCGAACUGUCUACGUACCACAGCGCAGGAGUGUGCCUGGAGCGGCACUUGAAGAAGGCGCGCGGAGCGUGGGCGGAGUGGAAGCCGAUUCUACUACGGGCGCGCGGACGGAUCAACUACUUCAAGCGAGGCAGCCUGAUCAAAUCCAAUGUCCUUUCGCAUGUCUACUACAGCGCGGCAGUGCGGCUGUGGAACGAGCGCAGUUAUCAGGAAAUCAAUGUCUUCAUCAACAAGAUGCUGCGCACCAUCACAGGCACUGCGAUUCCGGGAAUGGUUGGCGUGGCGAACAACUACACGCUACGGAGAAAGUUCGGCAUUCAAAGUGCGCGAACAGCAAUCGAGAGAAUCACUAUCGACUACCUAGGGCACAAGAUCCGGAUGGGGCGAGACGAGCCGGGCGAAGGAGUAGAAAAAGGGAACACGUACCGGGCUCGCUUCCCAGACGGGCGCACCGACCACCACCUGAUCUACGGCAGAUUGAUCACGGUCUCGGCGGGUGCGCAAGGCAACAGGCGGAUGCAGCGCAGGACACUAGCCAAGCAGUGGCUCGAAAUCAUGGCGCGCGCGCAACUCCGGCCGGACAUGACACGCAAGCAGUGGCACGAGGCGGCUACGCUCUACAUUCGCAAGAUUGAGGAGCAAGAGCGCCUGGCAGCGUACGCUGCGGAUGGAGCAGGAAACGUCGAGAAGCGGCGCGACGAGCUGCUUGCUAGUCAUGGCGUCAACGCAGGUGCGAGCGAGAUACGGCUGCGGAAGAACGUACACGAAGAGGGCGAGCUGAUCACCAGCCACGCUGUUAUCUCGCAGUACCGAUGCCCGCACUGUUUUGUGCGUUUUCCAGACGGGGGCAGUGGCUUCAAGUCACACAAGACUAGGUGCUCCAAGGUCGAUUAUAGUGGUGUAGACUUUGGCAAUGUCAUUUGUAUAAGGACCUAUGCAGCAGGACGAACCCAGUUGCCAUGGGGCAACCGUUGGCAUUGUAAAAAGUGCGGCACUACUGGCACUGAAGGCAAGGCUACUAGUGGGCAGGGCGUUCAAUGUGCAUUGAAGUUGACGCAGCAUGCUCAGACGUGUGACCCCGCCCAAAAGAAGGGGAGGCGGCAGGACGAGGUCCUGCAGUAUAUGGCUGACUUGCAGGCGUUUGAUGCUGUCAACCCUAUUGCUGUCUAGUUCCUAAACACGAUGCUAAUGCAACUUUUUUGAAAAAACUUGCUUUCUCAGUUGUUCAGAAAAAAUCUCCGGUGCGUGUGUUGUUGUUCAAAGAAAAAGAUAGUUUGAUGAUUCCAAUUUGUGCGCCCAUUUAAGCAAGAUCUGACGCGUGGCGCACACACCCACGCUUGUAGUGGCGCACACACCCACUACGACUACAUAGUGGCGCAAAUACCCACUCCCUGUAGUCCGUCCAUGGUUCUGCUCUUCUCUUGUUUCUUCUCUGUCACUGGCCUACUGCAUGUUGUUUGUUGAUCGCUUGUAAAUCUCGUUUUCCUGCACCCUAGCUAAAAUUAUUGCUGUAUCUUCACCUGCUGUUGUAAGUAUCUAUUCCCCACCGCUGCACGACACGAAAAAUCGUCUGCUCACCGUACGAAGAUGCAGCGUCGUGUUGAACGCAUCGAGAAAGAACGAUGCUUGAUGGUGCAGUUCAACUCUCCGGAAAUCCGCUGGCCGCGGAAAGACAACUCCCCAAAUGGUGACUUUUUGACGAACUUCGACAAGGAGCAGAAGAAGACCUUCCUCCGCCUGAUGGGUACGCACUUCCAGGGUGCCCAGCCAUCUCCCAAGAAGAUGGAGUACCAAACCAAGGACGACGGAUCGUCCGAGCUCACGGAGCUGCAGGACGACUGGUCCGACGCCCAGAAAGCCGACUUCACCGAAAAGAAGAAUGCUUUUGUCGAACUGUGGCGGUCGAUUGCGGACGCCCCGGAGUUGGUCGAGUACAUCAACUGGAAAAACAACAACUGGAUCCAGAUCGUGUUUCACCUCGGCGAGCAUCACAGUAAGGUGAUGGAUUUGGCCCGUGUUGUCGACAACAACCCCUACCGCAAGUACUUCAGUCGUGGUCUGAAGCUGAAGCCGAUGCAGAUGGGUAAGCCGAAGGAUGGCGACAACGCUGGCAACGGCGGCGCCAAUGGUAACGUCAAGAAGAAGGGCGGCAAGAAGGGCAAGGGGAAAAACGGGAAAAAGGGAAACGGAAAGUAAUGACAUGAUGACGCUAAUAAUGUCUACCUGCCAGUGCGUGAAUCUCAUCUACACUUUCUCCGACAAAAUCAACCACGCGAUAACGACUACCAGCAAGCACGACAGUCCUGUGCGUGAUUUCGCUGGGGCGCAUGUU